GAGACUCUCUUCUGACGACCGUAGACAACCUGAUAAACGUGAACGUCACAGUCCUUCAGCAAAGCCAACAAGAAACAAGAGGACCAACCAGAGUCGUCCAGGCAUUGGAGACAUUUGCUGACACAGUGGAACUGACCUCAGAGACGUACACCGCCGUGCGGCCAGGGGUGGCACUGCAGGCAGCUGACAUCAGUCCAGAGGAGUUGGACCAGGGACAAGGAUUUGCCUUUUUUCUGAGUGGAGACGAUUCUAACAGCUUGAAGGAAGGCAAUAUUAAGAGUUUUACUACAGAGGAUGGAGCAGACUUUCAGCAAACUGCUGACAUCUCAAUUUUUAUACCUCCGAACCUGUCUGGAAUGAUACAGGCCAACAAUACGUCAGAAAUCCGUCUGAGUUACACCGUGUACAACAGCAGCAGCCUGUUUGUUCAGACUUCCCAGGGUGCAGUUGGACCUUCCCAGAGUGAAGUGGGAACCCGCAUCAUCGGCUGCAGAAUCGCGGGGGGCCGAGUCAACAACCUUCCUGAACCCGUCAUCAUCACCUUUACACCCCUACAGGAUUUUCUUCCUGAAGACGUUAAGGAGGUUAGAUGUGUGUUUUGGGACUUCGAGGCUAAGGCAGGACAUGGGGCGUGGUCAACUGAUGGGUGUGAGAGCCUGGGCGAGGAAAAUGGACGGUACAAAUGUGCCUGUAAUCACCUCACCAACUUCGCUGCAAUCUUUGAUGUGUUCGGUGUUGGUUUUGGGCAGCAUGAGAAGCCGCUAGAGGUCAUCACUAUUGCGGGCUGUGUCGUGUCUAUCGUCUGCCUGGUGCUCACUUUACUAUCUUUUGUCCUCACACGAAAUUACAGACGUAGUUUAAGAACAGGUCAUGCCAAGAACCAGCGGCUCGUCCUCAUCAACCUUUGUGUGGCUCUGUUGGCCAUUCUCGUCAUCUUCCUCGCUGGCAUCAACAGGACGGCGUCUCCCAUUGGCUGCACAGUCGUUGCAGCUUUGCUACACUACUUCCUAUUGGCUGCCUUGGUGUGGAUGGCAGUGGAGGCCGUUAACAUAUACCGAGCCGUUGUGCUUGUGUUUGACCAUCACGUGUCUGGGAACUUCGUCAUCAAGGCUGCGGCUGUAGCAUGGGGCUUUCCACUUGUCGCUACGGUGUCGGCUGCGGGGCUCUCAAGUUUUUACCAAUACAGGAUGGAGAAAGUCUGCUGGCUGGCACACAAGCCUCUGCUCUAUGCAUUCUUGGUCCCAGCGGGUAUCAUCCUACUGUUCAACGUGCUGGUCUUCAUCGUCGUCAUGUGCAAACUGGUCAGAAACGAUCAGGGACAGAAACAGUUAAGAGCUAAUAAGUUCAGCGACUCAGACCAUAAUCGGAUAACGCGCCAGAUCCGUCGAGCCUUCAGCAUCAUGGCUCUGUUUGGUCUCACAUGGGUGUUCGGCUUCUUCGUCAUCAACGACGCACGCGCUGUGUUCGCCUAUCUGUUCUGCAUCUUCAACACCCUUCAGGGCCUCUUCAUCUUCGUCUUCCACUGUGUGAUGAGGGAGGACAUAAGGAAGUGGUGGAAGAAGCUCAGCUGCAGUGGACAUAAGGACCAGGGUCCGCAUGCUGUUAAUGAGAGUUCGUCUUUUUCUCCGGCUGCACAGGCAUCGCCGACAUUUGAGCUGAGCACACUGUCAUCUGGUAGCAAACCUGACCAUGACUCGCUGUAGUGGCAGUCAUGUCGAUUUGUUUUUAUAUCUUUUAAUGGGACCGGUAAAACUUUGAAUAUCAUGUUACGUACAUUAGGACAAUUUAAAAACUACGUAUUCCAUCAUACAUAAACAGAGUUUCUAAGAAUGAAAAGAAGAUUACUAAAACCUGUUCUUAAUGCAUUCUUCUUGGUACAACUUAGAUAGACAACUGAUAAAGACCUAAUCAAUACAGUAAUUAGCAAUGUAUAUAAAUGAUUAUAUAUAAUGUUUUUACACUAAAGUAAGAGAAAUAAGUAAGUGUAAAGUACUCUUAAUACCCAAGGCAUACGUAUAAUUCAAAAGAAGAUGUAACAAACUGACAAAGUAUGCAUUGAAUCCAAUGAUAUCUAGUUAUAUAGUACUUUUCAACAUUUCCUCACAGUUGGUGUCUUAUUUAGCAUAAUCUGCCCUCAAUUAUUACUUACCCCACCCAUAUGGCACAACUUUUAUGUAUACAGAACAGAUUCCAAAAUAACAAGGGAAAAUCCAUUUUAUUCCCUUUUUAGGCUUCAAAACACAAAAAUUAAGCUUUUCUUUAAUCUUCUUCUUCGGCUCUUAUUGGUUUCUUUAAUAUGAUAUCUAAAAAUGCAGCCUUCAUGACUUGGUAUUUGUAUUUUUAAGAAACUUUCUUCAAGUAACCACAAACUAAUAGAUGAGGAUUUAUAAUCAAACAAAUCAAAACUAAUCCAGCCUAA